GGCGACGCCCCUGUCUCCAUCCCUUUCUACCGCCCCACCACCGCUCCCACUUUCUCAAAGAAGUAACUCUCAAGAGUUGACAAAGAAGGCGUGGCCUAUCGGUGGCCGAUUGGGCGCGCGCGCAUACACCGAUCAGCUGGUGCAUGACAGUCAUGUCAGCAUACAUUGAAGAAUUGCUAGUUCUAGUUCUACUACGAAGUUGCUAGGACGGUUCAGUGAGCUGAGCUGAGGCAGUCUGCUGUUUUUGUCAGGCGAUCGAAGGUUGAAGCUGAGUUAAAACAGAACUGAGCCAACUGAAAACCGAAGACCCGUAUCACCAUGGACCUGAGUAGCGAUGACACUGGAUGGUUAGCUUCAGUCCCACUCCUAGCAGUUUGCUUAUGCUCUGUCAUUGCAGUCGUACUUUGGAACGCACUGUCCAUCGCACCUGAUCCUAUAGAUGGUAUCUAUGCCCAGCCAGGUCAGUGGUUCUUUCUAAAGAGAACCUUCAUCUAUAUGUCCAUCUUGUUGAGGAAACGGAGAAGUAAACGAGGGGAUAAAGAUGCAAAAGGACAGACAGGAGCCGGCUAUGGGCAGCUAUCGACCAAGAAAGAAGAAGACUUGGAAUAUGUGACGGAAGUUGCUGACAGACCAAAUGCUUUCAACUCGGUUUACACAUUCGGCGUCAGUCCUACUGGGGAAUGGCUGGUGGCCAGGAUUGGACUUAGACCCAAUGGUGAGAGGAGUUGCUGGUUCAUUCUUGGUCUACCUGGCAUUGGAGACCUGGUCCAUCCACAGUACCCAGACUGUGUGGUCCAAGGUGACCUGUCUUCUGGGUUCAGGGCUGGCGGACUCACGAUGGAGGUCUUAGAACCCAUGAAACUCUGGAGGAUCUCUUACAAUGGUCUCUGCAAAGUUGGAUUCCAGGAAAAUAUAAGGAGUACGGAUGAAAGGCCCCUCAUUCAUGUUCGCUGCUCAUUCAUGUGGGCAGCCUUCACUCCUGUCUUUAACUUUGACACGGAUCUGAAUUCUUGGCAUAACAGUGGAAACGUUGCACAAGAACUCUGGGAUAGAGAAUUCUUCAAGAAGCUAAAGAGUAUGCACCAGACACAUUAUGAACAGUACGGCACUCUAAGGGGUGUGGUCAAGGUCGAAGGUCAUGAUGAGAGGACCCUCGUCAUGAGAGGCAUCAGAGAUCAUUCUUAUGGUGUUCGUGACUGGGCCACAUUUUACCGCUAUGCUCUCCACUUUGGUGUUCUUGAGGAUGGAUCAUCUUUUCAAGUUGGAGUAUUCUCUAUCCCUGGCUACCUUUCUCAUUUGUCGAUAGGGUACUUGUUCAUGCCGAAUGGAGUCAAAUACGCCCUCACAUCAACGGACAUCUGUCUUCCAAAACUAAUGCCGGGAAACCAACCCCCAGACAAGUACAGUUUCACGUUUAGCAUUGAAGAUGGGAGGAAACUAUGGGUGAAGGUCGAAGUGGAGGCUAGCCCUGUCUUCUACAUGGGUCCAAACUGGGAGGUCAAAGUUCAUGAGAGGAAGGCAAAGUUCACAGUCAGUGGGGUCAAAGGUUGGGGCAUCAGUGAGUUCCUAUACAGGAAUGAUAGUGGAAGGCCAAAUCACUACGAACAGGAGACAGUUCCUCUGAUCAUAGAACCAGAGCCCAUUGAUGAAGACCUGCAACGGUUUGUGCUCCCAUUUACAAGUCAAGGCUGCCAGUCGACCAAUUUAGUAGGAGGCAAAGGAGCUCAGCUUGCUACGUUGACCCAUCUCAGGAACAAAAUCACACCCAAGUUUGAUGUCCCUCCAGGCUUCUGUGUGACCAGCACUGCAUUCCAACUUCAACUGAAAUCUUAUCCUAAACUCCAAGAGGCGGUUCAGGGAUUGUGUGAGGUAUCCACUGACCUAAGAUGUGCAUCGCUGGAAGACACAUGUAACAGGGUUGGUGAGCUCUUUGGCAAGACCCCUGUAUGUGCAGAGAUCAGUUCUGCUAUCAAGAGGGAAUUGGAGAGACUCUUUGGCAAAGACACCGUCGACAGGAAGUUUGCUGUCAGGUCAUCUGCUACAGGUGAAGAUACAGCAGAGAUGUCUGCAGCAGGUCAGCUGACUACUAUUCUAGGGGUCAAAGGUUAUGAUAAGAUAUGUCAAGCUGUUCAGCAGUGUUGGGCUUCUCAGUUUUCCUUUCAGGCAGUGCAAUACAGGAGACAAAGAGGGCAGUCUGUGGAAUCUACCAUGGGUGUCGUCGUCAUGGAAAUGGUGCCUUCAGAAAUAUCAGGUGUUCUUUUUAGUCGUGAUCCUGUUGAUGGAAACCCUGCUGUAGUCCUUAUCAAUGCAAACUAUGGGCUAGGAGAGUCUGUAGUAUCGGGUGUGGCUGACCCGGACACCAUCACCUUAAGGAGGAAGAGGAAAGACAAGUUGGAGGUUACCAAAAUAGAAAUUGGAUCCAAGAAGAAGGCGAUCUUGCUUGAAGAAUCUGGUGGAACUUCAACAAAGGACCUGCCAGACACAGAUUCACAGAAAGCUUGUAUUUCUGAUGAGGUGGCAUUAGAUUUAGCCAGGCUAUCAACCAAGCUAGAGGAGAGGUUUGGUGACCCAAGAGACAUAGAAUGGGCCUACAGCAAGGGGGUCAUAUACCUUUUACAGGCUCGACCAAUCACCACGGUGGAUAUGAUGACAGACUAUGAAUUGCUUCAUGAAUUUGAUUCGGGCCUUGCUACAGAUAGAGAGUGGCUAACAACUUGUAAUAUCCAGGAGAUGAUGCCUGGUGCUGUUACACCUCUGACCUACAGUGUCUUUGUGUCGGCCAUUGACUGGUGCUUGCAGACGUUCAUUUCUCGUGUUGGAGGUCCACCUUCCACCUGGCCCUGCCUGAAGUCUAUUGCUAGCAGCUGUGGAAAAAUCUUCAUCAGUCUCACAAAAGUAGGAGCCUGCAGUCAAGACUACUCAGUAAUGGCUCGUAAGGAUAUGAUGGAGGUAGCACUUCUCGGUCAGGUUCUGGAUGACUUCACUACAGAUGACAUCCACUCCUACCAUGGGCCGCCAAACAGUCUCAUCCGCAGACUUUGGAACGCUUUCAAGAUGAUACGAGUUGUUCUCAAUGCCAAGAAGGGUGUAGAUAAGUUGGAGAAGAAACUUUCAUCCUUCAGGAUCAAAGAGUGUCGUACAGCUGCGGGACUCUACCAAGAAAUAGACAGCAAGAUACCAGAUGUGUAUGAGGCCUGGAGAGCAUCAAUGUUUCUGAGUUCAGCUUCUAGUUCCUAUGGCAAUGUGCUCAUGGCUGUCCUAACCAAAGGUUCUGCUAAAUGGGAGACAAUUCACUAUUCUGAGGUGGCCAUGUUGCUUUCCAGCUGUCCCAAUGUCUCUAGUGCAGAUGUUCCUAUGGCUCUAGAGAACAUUACCAAGGCAGUGCUGAAUGAGGGGAUGUCUGAACUAUUUGCCAGGUGGGAACCUGCCAAGGCUUUACAAUGGCUGCAGGGUUCAGAGGGCAAGUCUGCGGGCGUGAUCUUCAAGAAGUUCUUGGAGGAACAGGGUCAUCGCUGCAUACGAGAGUCUGAGUUCAGGGAGCAAUCAUGGAAGAUGCAACCGAUGAAAGUCAUUCCAGUCAUACAGUCCAUACUGAAAGGAGGAAACAUUGGUAGAUCCAAGAAGGAGCUUAGUGUGAAUGAUGCCAUCAAGCAGCUCAAAACUCCUGUCACCUUCUUUGAGAGAAUGAUCCUGAAGAUCUUUGUUCCCAAGGCAAGAGUGGCAGUUGGACACAGAGAGUGGGGAAAGUCUCUUGCAGUUAAAAUGCAUAAUCAUCUGAAGGAGGGUUAUUGGAGACUUGCAAAGCUGAUGGUUGAAGAGGGAAGGCUACCCGAGAGGGAUCUGAUCUUCUUCCUGACCCACGGUGAGAUUGGGCUUCUUCUCAAGAACAGGUCUCCUCUGGCCCUGUCAAAAGCGAUCCGUCGUAGGAAGCUGCUGCCUGUUCAGAUGGCUAUGAACUAUCCCGAGGUGUUCAGGGGAAGCCCCCAACCGAUUGAGACACAGAGGAAGACUACUGCACUAGUGACACUCAAAGGUCUACCUGUGUGCCAGGGCCAUGUAGAGGGUACCGCCAGAGUAGUGACAAGACUGGAAGAUGCUGGUACUAUCCAGGCUGGUGAGAUCCUGAUAGUGGUCUUCACAGAUGUUGGCUGGAGUCCUUACUUCCCUCUGAUUGGUGGCUUAGUGACAGAGCUCGGAGGACUUAUCUCACAUGGUGCUGUUGUUGCUCGUGAAUAUGGUAUCCCAUGUCUAGUCAAUGCUAAAGGAGCAACUACCUCAUUCCAAUCAGGAGAUCAUGUUGUACUUGAUGGAACCAAAGGCACCAUACAGAAGCUAUCAUCAGCCUGAGAAUAAAGUGACUCCAUAACAUUGCCUCAGAUUCUGAAACAAUAUCUUGGAUUUAGCUCAUGCUGCAAUCAUAAUUAUAAACCUUUAAGGUCAGUCAGGAAUCC